AUGGUUUCUUUUUGGCCCUGGAAGGGCGAUGAUAACUCGGCUGCGUCCUUCGAAAAAACACUAUCGACCCUGUCCACCAAGAUCGCCCAGACCACCACUCGCCUCGAUCAACAGCGCCAGAGCUCACGCCGUUUCAAGGCGCUUUGGACCCUAUACUCCACAUUUGCCUACCUCUUCUACUCCAUCGUCCUUGCUCUUGUGCUAGGAUGGGAAAGCUGGGGUGUGAAGGAGUAUGCCGCCAUUACCGGCGGUCCCAUUCUGAUCUAUGGAGUCCGAACAAUCAGCGCUCGUUUGUUUGAUUACCGCAUCUCGAAGGCCCAGCGCGGUCUGGACGACCUACACAAACAACGCGAGGAGACUAUUGAGAAGCUCAAGGUCGCUACCAAAUACAACUCCACUCAGCAGUUGCUGGAGAAGUAUGGCGGCGAGUCUCCCAAGCAGUCUCCCAACCCUAAGGCCGAGUCCCACAAACCCAAGCAGGCCAACCCGCAACCUCCCGCACAGCGCACCGGACUUCCUCCUCCACCCACCGCGAACAUUCGCCGCCCUCCUAUGCAACAGCCUAACAACCCUGAAAACAUCGUGCCCCCUUCCUACCAGGCUAUGCCCCAACAACAACCGCAACAGCCCAUCCCUAGCGCCCCUUCUCCAAUCCCACAAACACCCAUUGAUGAGCCGGGGUUUGCUCCCAAUGCAUUCCCCAGCUCGGGUCAGUACAUCGAACAACCGCACUGGUACGAUCGUCUCUUGGACGUGCUGCUAGGCGAAGAUGAAAUGCAGCCGCGUAACCGUAUGGCCAUGAUUUGUUCGUCUUGCCGACUCGUCAACGGUCAAGCACCCCCGGGUAUCAAGACACCAGAGGAGCUCGGUCGCUGGCGGUGUGGAAGCUGUGGAGCGUGGAAUGGUGUUGAAAGUGAGACUACGCAGAUGCUAUCCAGCUUGCGUCAAGGGUCUGCUGCAGAGGGAUCUUGGGGACCAGGCUCCAGUGUUGAAGCGGAUCCGCAAGCACAUCCGGAAGUUGAGAAUACUGGAGACAUGACUCCGCCGACAGAAGAAGAGCAAAGUACUGACUCGGAGGUUUCACAAGUUGAGGCGAAGGAGGAACAGGAAGAGCCUGAGGCGGAGCCUGUCCGCCGGUCCACACGGGGCAAGACGAAGCAGUAG